AUGGGCCGGCUACGGUUGGAAAGUCAAUGUGAGACGAACGCGACAAGUGCCGCCAGUGGGCUGUGUCUGGAUCAAGCUGGACUUGCGGCGAAGUUUCCUGGCGACGUGUCCAUGCUCUUGAACCUUUGGGGCCGCUUGUGUUUGCCUCUCAGGCUGGAGUCCUGGCGCCAUGAUCCUGACCUUUGUCUGAUAUGGGCAGCCUUCUGUACAACCUCACCCCUCACACUGGCCGAUGGCAUCUCCUUGGCCAAAACACGAAGGCCCGGCCAGGUCACACUGGACAACUCUUGCCUGGCCUUCUGUUCAAGGUCAGCGACGGAGGCUUUGAAGCUGCUGGCUGGUGCGGAGACCGGCAAGGACCACGACGGGCCUGUGCAGCAGAAGAGACUGAGCAUGCAGACGAUCAGUCUCAGCUUCCGACGCUCAAAGCCGCAGUCUUACUGGAAUCAGUCGGGUGCAUUCCUGUGGUGCAGCCUCCUCACGAGGGUGUUUGCAGACCGUCGUCAAAGAGUGAAGGUCGUGGGUUUGAGAGGGUUCAGAGAGGCGAAAGACUGUUGGUUCCAGCCCAUAUCGCGCCAAGACGAGCCUCGCAGUGCCGCACUGAAAGGUUUGGCGAAAUCAAUCCACAGCGAGGCGAGGGAUGGCGCGGAAGUGUGGGAAGGUGGUCGUAUGCCCACAUUCAUGGCCAGCUGGAAGGUCCAUUUCUCGCAGAGCAGCGCUGGAAUUACCGGUGUUGCAAAGGUGGUGUCGAAGAACAUCGCAAACAAGAAGAAGGUCGACAGUGAAGAGUCUGUGUGGUUGAAGAACGAGAACAUUGACAUUCAAUCUUUUGAAGACAUCCGGAGCGAAAUCGCAGUCCUGACGUUCCUGAGCACUUGUGCGCACUGCCCAUACAUCAUCAGCAUCCUGGGAUCCUUCGAGGAUGCUUUUAACAUCUACCUGGUCACCGGCUACUGCGAGGAAGGUGAUCUCUUCGAGCGAGUAGCUUACGGAGACCCUUUGGCCGAAAUAGAAAAAAGGCGUUACAUCAGCGAGCUCUUACAAGGGGUGCGUCACCUUCAUCAGCACAACGUUGGUCAUCGCGACAUCUCCCUGGAAAAUGUCCUGCUCAGGAAAGGAAGUUGUGUGCUGAGCGACUUUGGGCAGGCUGUGCAACUAGCAGCACAAGACGGAACCGUGCUUCGGUACUUCGUGGAAGCUGGAAAAAGCAUGUACCGCUCGCCCGAGAUGCAUGUGCCGCGAGCGAGCCAUGUGCAGGUGGUGUGUCCGGCAGAUGGUAGACCUGGAAUGCGGGCGGUGGUGCCACACGAGACUACAAGAUGCGAAGUUCUGUUGCCCUUUAAUGCAGUGCCUGGGCAGCCUUGCACGGCGACUCCAUGUGGCUACGCCGUGGCGCCUGCAGACCUCUUUGCUUGCGGAGUCUGUGCCUUCGUUCUGGCUAUCGGCAAGCCACCUUGGGCAACAGCACUCGACUCGGAUCCCUCGUUCUCCUUCAUUCGUCGGCAUGGCGUGGCCAACUUGCUCCAACAAUGGAAAGGUGGAACGCGCGGCCCUCCAGGCAAGAGCGAGGAGGCCACGCUGUUGGCAGCGAUGCUGCGCGUGGACCCCGUGCAACGAAGCACACCGGACGAGUGUUUGCGGAACCCAUGGCUGGAAGCCGUGACGCGGAAUCGUUCCAAGACAGCCUGA